CUCACACACUCACCUACCAACACAGAUCAGUCAGACAGAAUUACACACUCACACUCACACACACACACUCACACUCACACACCUCUCAUUCCAACUCUAUCUAAUGCUGGGAUCCUUCUGACAGUUCACAUGUUUUCGGGUUCAUCUGAGCUCAGACAUCCAGUAGGACCUCCUCUGGUGUCUUUCCCUGUGUCCCCUCUGGGGUUCAGUCUGUAUCUCUGCUGGAGCUGGACCAAAACGCACAUCUCUGAUACUCAUCCUAUGGACAAAGGCUUGAGUGAUAAGAGUUAGGUGGAGAUAGAGAAAGACAGACAGAGAGAUAGAGAGACAGUGGGUUGGGGGAUUGAAAAGCCUGUGCUGGUUGCUGAGGCAAGGCAAGGAACCGUUGUCAACAGUGACGCAGGAGCAGCAUGUAUCAGAUGAAACGAUACACUUACAGCAGGACCACCAGCAGCGGCAGCAGCAGGAUGAGUUCAGAUGGAGGUGGGCGGCCUGUUAAGGUGGGCUCUCUGGUUGAGGUCAUUGGUAAAGGUCAUCGAGGCACCGUGGCAUAUAUUGGAAACACCCUUUUUGCCUCUGGAAAAUGGGUGGGCGUCAUUCUAGAGGAACCUAAAGGCAAGAACGAUGGCACUGUGCAGGGUAAACGAUAUUUCACCUGUCAGGAGAACCAUGGGAUAUUUGUACGCCAAUCACAGAUUCAGUUAGUAGAAGAUGGGGCCGACACGACAUCUCCUGACACACCUGAAGCUGCCACCUCCAAAAUGCUGAAGCGGGAAAUGAUUGAAGGUCCAAAGUCAAACAAAGUGCGAGGAACCAAACCCAAAAAGGUGCUGCAUGUUUCUCUAACCUCUCUUUCCAUUGCAAUGGCACCUACGACUCGUAAGACCACCACCAGAAGGCCCAAGCAAACGCGGGCUGGAGUGGGGGUGAAGGUGGGCUCAGGAUCAGCUUCUGCUGGAGAGAUGAGCAGCAGUGAACCCAGCACACCUGCCCAAACACCACUGGCUGCUCCAGUUAUACCUUCACCUGUGGGAACACUGCCUUCGCCGGGGGCUCCUCCCAUCCCGGGACCCAGCAAGGAAGAGGAGUCACUGCGUGCCCAGGUGAAGGAUCUGGAGGAGAAGCUGGAGACGCUGAAGAUGAAGAGGACAGAGGACAAGGCAAAGCUGAAGGAGCUUGAGAAGCACAAGAUUCAGCUGGAGCAGCUGCAGGAGUGGAAGAGUAAGAUGCAGGAACAACAAAAUGAACUUCAGAAACAACUCAAAGAGGCCAAGAGGGAAGCUAAGGAAGCUCUUGAAGCUAAAGACCACUACAUGGAAGAGAUGGCAGAUACAGCAGAUGCCAUUGAGAUGGCCACUCUGGAUAAGGAAAUGGCUGAAGAACGGGCCGAGUCACUGCAACUGGAGGCUGACGCUCUGAAAGAGAGAGUGGAUGAGCUGACCAUGGACUUGGAGAUACUCAAACAUGAGAUAGAGGAAAAAGGAUCAGAUGGAGCAGCAUCUAGUUACCAUGUGAGGCAGUUAGAGGAGCAGAAUGCACGACUGAAGGAGGCUUUGGUGAGGAUGCGUGACUUAUCUGCAUCAGAGAAACAAGAGCAUGCAAAGCAACAGAAACUAAUGGAGGAGAAGAAUUUUGAGCUGGAUGCGCUGAGAUGCCAGAAAGAGAAACUACAGGAGGAAAUGAAGAUGUCUGAGAAAACGAUUGAUGAGCUCAAAGAACAAGUGGAUGUUGCUCUCGGGGCGGAGGAGAUGGUGGAGAUGUUGACCGAUCGUAAUCUAGACCUGGAGGAGAAAGUACGGGAGCUCCGAGAAACUGUCUCAGAUCUGGAAGCCAUCAAUGAGAUGAAUGAUGAGCUGCAGGAGAACGCCAGAGAGACGGAGCUGGAGUUGAGAGAGCAGUUGGAUCUGAGUGCUGCCAGCGUCAGGGAGGUGGAGAAGCGGGUGGAGGCGGCACAAGAAACAGUGGCAGACUACCAGAAGACCAUCCAGAAAUACAGAGAGCUCACCGCACACCUGCAGGAGGUGAACAGGGAGCUGAUGAGCCAACAGGAAGCCAGCACUGAGCAGCAGCAACAGCCCGCAGAAAUCUUCGAUUUCAAGAUCAAAUUUGUGGAAACCAAAGCUUACGCCAAGGCCAUAGAAAUGGAGCUGCGUAAAAUGGAGGUAGCUCAGGCUAACAGACAGGUGUCACUGCUGAUUUCCUUCAUGCCUGACUCCUUCCUGAAACACGGAGGAGACCAUGACUGCAUCCUGGCUCUGCUGCUCAUCCCACGACUCAUCUGCAAGGCAGAGCUGAUCAGUAAGCAGGCCCAGGAGAAGUUUGAGUUGACUGAGAUGUGCUCUCAGAAGCCUGGCUUGAGAGGAGCCGUCGGAGAGCAGCUGAGCUUUGCUGCUGGACUCAUCUAUUCUCUCACACUGCUACAGGCAACACUGCACAAAUAUGAACAUGCUCUAAGUCAGUGCAGUGUGGACGUGUACAAGCGUGUGGGUUCUCUGUACUCUGAGAUGAGUGUUCAUGAGCGAUCCCUGGAUUUCCUCAUAGACCUCUUGUACAAAGACCUGCUGGAUGAAACAGUCAAUGUGCAACCCCUUACCAAAGCUAUUAAAUACUAUCAGCACCUUUACAGCAUUCAUCUCGCUGAACAGCCUGAGGACUGUACCAUGCAGCUUGCAGACCACAUCAAAUUUACCCAGAGUGCUCUUGACUGUAUGGCAGUGGAGGUGGGGCGUCUGAGGGCCUUCAUACAGACAGGACAGGGCGAGGAAGCAUUUUGUGUGCUGCUGAAGGAUCUGGACACUUCCUGUAGUGACAUACGACAGUUCUGCAAGAAGAUCCGUCGUCGCAUGCCAGGCACAGAUGCACCGGGCAUCCCAGCUGCCCUCAGCUUUGGAACUCAGGUGUGUGAGACCCUGGCAGAGAGCAGAAGGCAGUUGGCCUGGGUGAAUGCAGUGCUGCAGGAAGUGGCAGCGGCAGCCGCUCAGCUCAUCGCCCCUCUCAGCGAACACGAGGGACUGCCAGACGUCAAACUGGAAGACAUGGCCUUUAAAGCAGCUGAACAGAUCUAUGGGUCGCAGGGCAUAAACCCUCAAGAGUGUCUGCGCCAGUCAUGCAGUGUUGUCAUAGCCACCAUGAACAAGAUGGCUACUGCUAUGCAGGAGGGAGAAUAUGACUCUGAAAGACCACAGAAUGGAAUAUGUCCUGUGGAAGUCCGAGCAGCAGCACUAAGGGCAGAAAUCACUGAUGCAGAAGGACUCGGCCUCAAACUUGAAGACAGAGAAACUGUCAUCAAAGAGCUGAAGAAAUCCCUUAAAAUAAAGGGAGAGGAACUAAGUGAGGCCAGUGUGCGUCUCAGUUUACUGGAGAAAAAGCUGGACAGCGCAUCUAGAGAUGCGGAUGAGCGAGUGGAGAAGAUCCAGAUGGUUCUAGAUGAGACAGUUUCGCUCCUGAAAAAGAAGGAAAAGGAGUUUGAGGAGACCAUGGAUGCUCUCCAGGCUGACAUAGACCAACUAGAGGCAGAGAAAGUAGAGCUUAAGCAGAGAAUCAUCAGCCAAUCAAAGAUGACCAUGGACGGCCUGAGAGGAAGCCAAGCCUCUGGCAUUGCCUCCAUUGUGACUUGUGGCAUCACUGCUGAGGAACAAAAAGGUAAAUUUUUUGUCAGUAUAAUGUUUAAAUAUCUCCUGUUUUUUUCCUCCCACUCAUGGUCUCUCUGUGUGCUGCAUGUGUGCUUGAAAUUUAUUCUUACUUGUGUUUCUAGAUAUUAGCAUUUUUAGUUUUUGUUUCACAAAGAUUUUGUCAUGUUUCCCUUUCAUAAGUUGCAUGCUGUACUGUAAUCAAGAGCCAUGCAAUAAGUGACCAUAACUCAAUGUCAUUUAUUGCACCGAAUACUUGAUUCUGAUUGGUCAGUUAUGACAUUCCUUUCUUUAAUAUAUUUAAGUAGUAUUCAAUAAUGUAGUUUCCUUCCUUAUAGCUUCCUACAUGUUAUUUCAUGUCUGCCAUAAAACUCUGUGGUCUCAUUUUUCAUCAUCUAAUAUAAAAUGUAGCCAUCUAAUAAGUUUGAUAAUGUAUAGUCAACAAGCAAAAAAUAAUCUUUCAGGUUAAAAAAUCCUUAAAUCUUUAUUUUUUUUUAUAAUGUGCAUUAUGACCUACUUAAUGUUAAUGUAAUAUUUGAAAUCUCAGUAAUUGCAGCUGUUUUAUUAUCAUCUCUAUGCAGUGAAGUAUUAAGAAAAUCCUGUUUGUAUUUAAUAUUAUCCACCUAAGAUGCUUUCUUUAAAAUAUCAGUGAUAUAAUGCUAUAAUAAACACUGCCAAAACAUGUCAAAUUUUUGGGGUUGGUGAGAUUUUUUUUUUUUUGAGCGAACCUCAACAUUAUUGCAUAUAUUUGAUAAUAAUACAGUUAAAACAUUAAUAUUGUGGAAUAUUAUUAUUUUUUAACUAUUUUAAUAUAGCUGAAUUUUCAGCAGCCAUUACUUCAGUCUUCAGUGUCAAGUGAUCCUUCAGAAAUCAUUCUAUUAUGCUGAUUUGAUGCGCAAUAAACAUUUCUUAUCAUUAUCAAUGUUGAAAACUGUUGCGAUGCUUAAUAUUUUUGUGGAAACUGUGAUCCUUUUUUUCAAGAUCUUUGAUGCAUGGAAAGUUCAAAAGAACAGCAUUUUUUUUUUUUUUUUUUUUUUUUUUAAAAAGAAAUCUUAUGCAGCAUUAUACAUUUUUUACUGUCACCUUUGAUCAAUUUAAUGCCUCCUUGCAGAGUAAAA